CCUGUCCCCAGGUCGCCGUCGCCGUGCCUGCUCUCUCGCAAGCACGACCCGUCCCCCGCGACCAUGAGCAUGGGGCCACGGCCUGGCGCUCACGAACACAACCACAAUGGCCUGCAGCGUCCACACAUAGCCUCUUCCAUAUCUGCCCCCGCAGGAAAACUACCACGACUGCUCCCCGCCGACCUCUCUGCCUACAGCGAUGCCCUCCUCCCCACCGCCGCCAUACCCACCUCUGCCACCUCGCUCGCCGAGCUCGCCCAUCUGAUCCGCCUGCAGGGCUACCAGGAGCAGCGCAAAGCCCACUCGCGCAUCCGCCUGCACCGUUGGCUGGUCUCGAGCGCCCUCUCCGCACGUCUGGUACACUGCGGGGAGCUGGCAUACCGCACGCUCGUCGACAACUUCCGCUCCGACGACAAGAAGAACUUCGCUUCGCUGUACAAUGCCCUCAACGACGUGCGCAACUCGUGCGACGCAAGCCGGCAAUACGCCCUCUUGGAGCCGGACCUGGGAUUUGGAAAGGCCAAGAGCGCCCCCAAGAGCGACAAGGCCUCGCUUUCUUUCUCUACGUUUCUCAAUGAUGUCCCGUCCAAGAUCUUGGACGACCUUCUCGAUUUCAUUUCCGAAGUCCGCACCAAUCCUGAUUUCCUUGCUGCAAGGAUUGCGAGCCUGUCUCAGCAAGAACUUGCUUCUCUUUCGUCGUUUCGUCAAGCGCUUGAUCCUGUUGAGUCUGUUAUUGCUAUUACUGGAGCGCGGGGCAAGAACCCUGCUGCGAGCAAGCCCACGCAAAAUGGCCCCAGUCCGGUGGAGAGGCUGCUGAGCUUCCAGCGACAUGAUCCUCUUGCGGCACUUAUCUACACCAUCUUUGCCAAUUCCUCUGGACCGGACUCCGCUGAAGACUUGCGCCGCACUGAUGUUUGGGCGACUACAUGCGCCCAGAUGAUCAAGGAGAACAAAGCUGGAACGGACAGGUUCGUCAAGACAGUCCUUGAUGUAUGGGCUGGUAUGCGAGAGUGGCCUGGAAAAGCCAACUUGGAGCUCUACCUGAUGCAGGCCUUGCAAGAUGGCCAGUUCCUGCUGGAGAAAGCCGAGGACCAACCUACGCGACAAGGCCAGCCGGCACCGCGGAGCACCAAGGACACCAUUGCCGCUGAUGAGUUCUUCGACAAGGCUGUGAAGCGCCUGUUCGAGGUCGUGGACGAUGAGCCGAGCGCCGGAGGCAUACCAGAAGGUGUUCUUGAAAUCGGAAACGCCAUUCUCCGCAAACUAGAUGACGAGAGGGGUAUCCGUAGAGGAGCGCAGAGUUUCUUCGUUUCGCGUUGGCUGUUCACCACUUAUCUGAUGAACGCUAUCAUCCAUCCCGAGACACAUGGCAUCAUGAUCCAGCACCACAUCAGCGAACACGCCCGCCAGAAGAUCCUCAAGGAAAUCGCAGUCCGCGCACAAAAGCAUGUUUUGGACCUGACCUACAAUUGGAAGCAACAAGUGCCUGUUCUUCCGGAAAUCCGUACUCACAUUGAAAGCAUAAUAGCCAGGUUCAAGCACACAAAGACGUAUUCCAAGCCCAUUCUCCUACCGGCCAAAGCGAUUACAUCCCCUCGAGAAACCGUGGAAGUACAACCGUUCAUUGUGCUCUGCCCGUCGGACAUCAUAACUUUGGUCAACACGCUCUUCCCGGAGCGACGCCCGUCGUCAAGCCACCUGAGCAAGGACGCUGAACGCCGAGGUGGAAUCGCUUCGUCUGCGUCGUCCAUGUCUGGAGUGUCAAUGCCAUUCCGUAGCGCUUCUGCUACCGCGACUGACGCAAGCUCCAUCUUGAGUGCAAGUGCGUCAUCCAUGACUAGCGACACUACGUCCAGGGAGCCCCUUCUGGACAUUGGUAACAUUGACCGCAAUCUACCACUGGGAGAAGCAUACGCCGAGUCCAAGAUUGCGCCUAGCGAGAGCUAUGGGCGACACCUGAGGAUGGCCUGCUCUGAGAUGUCACGUAUCUUGGGUAUCGAUGCCACCUCUGGCUCAUGCCACCCUUGCAAGGAGCGCUGGGCUGUGUUGUACAUCUCUGCUGACGGCAAGCAACUGAAGCAUCGUAUGCGAAAAGACUCUGACGAUGAAGAUGAGCACGAUGAGGACUCGCAUGAUACUGACAGCAGCGACGAUGAGGGCUCGGGGGCAAUUGAUCUUGAAAACGACUACCACCAGUUGAAGGAGGCCAUCGCUAAGCUGGUCGAGGAGUACGAAAUACCGAAGGAGCUGUCCCCCGACAGCGAGUCAAAGAGCUUCAGCAAUCGCAUGACUACUCGCAAGGGAGGGAGAGGCCAUGGCCUGGGCCGAGUCGCCAGCGAGACCUUUGGGUCUCGCAAUCCUUACAGUCAGCCUCAGCCUCAGACGCAAAGUCAGCUCACCAACCUGAUUGCAAGCCAACGUAAUGUCCCCGCGCGCCACCGCUCGCCACAGAAUCCAAGAAGCAACAGCAACCCACAGAACCCGAACGAAAGACAGGAGGGCAACUCAGUAUUGGUUACAAUGCUCGAGUCAGCUAUGCUUCAAUGUCAGGCUCGCUCGGACUUCGUUAACGCGCUCAUGUACCACAAGACAUUAGCGAGUCUGCGUAGGCUCAGUUCACCCACACUCGUCAAGAACGGAUAUGCUGCACUACUCAACUACUUCUCGCGUGGUCCACGCGAUUCUCUCAGCAAGGCUGCCAACGCAAUCGAAGAGUUCGAAGCAUGGUUUGUCUGGCUGAAGCAAUCUCAAGAGAGAUCUGACGGCAUGAUCGAAGAGAUGAUGGUCGGUUUUAAGAAUCUGCGAGACAAGAUGUGGUACAUCAGCGAUGUCCGAGGAUCGAAAGAAUACGAUGAGGCCAAGAACGUCGCCCUUGCUCUUAAGAUCAUGGGUCAACCGAGGAAGACACUCGAUGGCAAGCCAUUGCAGACACCGCGCUCCCGCAACUACUCCAAGUCGUCCUCGAACAACUUCGCACUGAGGAACGAGGCCCAGCUCGUUGAUGUUAUGGCUGCUUCACAGGACUUCGGUGGACCGAACAAGCUCUCGGACGAACAGUCUGAGAUCACUUUGAAGUGGAUCAAUCAAUACGGGAUUGAGAAUUUUUGUAAAGGCGAGGAGCGCAUUCAUCGCUUCUGCCUUGAGAUCGACAAGUGUGUCAACAAAAUUGUUGCCGACAACCUGAUGGAAGGCCCUACGCUCUGGGCCAGCGACCUGUACAAACGCGACCAGCAGAUCUUAGAUAGUGGCCGCCAAAAGGGAGAUCUCUUCCUUACCGGCGUUGGCACGCUAUCUGUUGCUGGCGACGAGGAGUACGAAACACACGGCCGACCCGGCUCACGGAACCUUGACUUUGCACAGCGCCCAAGCCACAGCAGUCUGCGCUCGGUCGCCAACCGCAAUGUGUCGGGUCACAGCUUCGAUCAGAGUCCUUGGGGUACCAGUCCCAUCGAGUCUCACGAUUACUUUGGUGGUUCGUCGCCAAUCAUGGCUAUCGACGCGGCUACAACGUUUUGGUCGCCAUUCCAGACACAGGCUCAGUCGCCGACCAGCGCUGCCAGCAUCCGACCGCGCACCGCUUCGUCGUCCAAGGGCACAGUAAUGCUGAAGCAGUCGGCAAGCGUCAACGAGGAGAAGCGCCGCUUCCUGCUUGACCUCAAACAAACACUGACCGGAUUGCUUCUGAGCGAUCUCGGAACCAUGGUCUUUGCCAAUGGAAGUGAGACUGAUUCUUGGUUCGGCGGUGACAUUCUGGAAGACUGCAUUCAGCGCAGAGACGAAGAGGAACGCAAGCGCAAGAAACAGCUUGCCAAGAAGAAGAGCAUGAAGGGUUUGCGAAAGCAGGCUCAUAUCGACCAGCGCAAUGUGCCACUCGAUACCCUUGGGAGGACCGAGAGAGGCCAAGCUGCACCACCUGUUGCGACUUUCCAACAUGCUGCGGGCUCUGACGCGCAUCACUCGGCGGGCGAACACUCUUCAACAUCGAGCGAUGCUACUUCCCACUCGGCUGGCAUCACUGCUGCGAAGAAAGCUGGUCUGCUUGAGUUCCCAUACAAUGUGGCAUUCCGACGCCUGCUCAGCAAAUUCGCAACGCACCCUAACCCCUACUCGAAGUUGCACGCGCUCUACGAGCUCGAACUCCUCAUUAUCGCCUCCCUCUCAUCCCGCUCCGGCCGCUCCUACAACAACCGCCGCGACACACUGCCGGCAGUCCCCCAAUCCCCCACCCUUGGCGCUGUCCCCGAAUUCAGCUCCCGCGAACCCGCGACCCAGCACUCUCGCGCCCAGAACCUCGAGGAAGCAAUUGCCCACUGCUCCGAGCGCCGCGCUCACACCAUGUCCGGUGAUCGCGCCUCACCAGUACCCCAUCGCAGCGGCGCUCGCUCCCCCGUCGGCCCACCCAGCACCGACAUGAUCGUCGAAGUCAUCCAAGGCCUCCUUCGUGACACCGACAUCCGCCCCAAAUCCCUCUUCCGCGACCUGCAGUACAUCGCCUCCUUUGUGCCCGCGCAGAUGCUCGACAAGACGGAGCGCGGCAAAGCGUUCUGGGACGUCGGACUCGCAGCCCUAGGACUGAAACAAGACGUAUGCCGGAUCAUGGUGGAGCUCGUGGACGAAGUCAUCAAUGCCUCAAACUCAACCCGCAACGCCGCCGUCCAACAACAAAGCACCUCCACCGAAAAGUCCAGUGGGGACAGAAUGACCACACCCAUCCUGGAGCCCACAUCGCGCUACAACAUGGAAGACGCAGCGCGCAUGCUGCUCAUCACGGCCAAAGAAGGUGACGCCGUCGCCGAGCGCGAGCUCGCUAUCUUUUACCUCACGAGCCCCGAACUGCUGCACCGUGCUGUGCUGCCGCUUACGAAGCCGAGCGAGGUGUUCAAGACGGAGUUGCUGAAUCGCGAGAGGAAGGCGAGUCAGGACCCGGCAAGGAGUGAUCCGAUGACGAUGUGUGUUGCGCAGCAUUGGAUGGAGCAGAGUAUGAAGGGGGGUGAUGGGCUGGCCGCUAAAUACCUGCGCCAGCGCUCAGAACUGGAGAGCAUACCAUCGCGGGCGUGAGAAGUGUUGGUUUGAGUUUAUACCCCGUUAUAUUUGUUGUUGUUGCGUUGUGCGUGCGCUGUUGGAUGAUCUGCAUGCAUAGCGAGGUGUUUUCUGUUUCUGUUUCUGGUUUGGCGUUUUGGUUGCAUAAGCAUAAUUCCCCCUUAGCUUGUUGUCGGGCUCGUAAUGUUAGUGUGGCAGAUGGGACUGACAGGUACACGAUGAAGAUGGUUCAUGAAGGACGGACAUGUCACGGAAGAGUUGCAUGAAGGAUGGUGAUGUGAAUAUGGACGGAGCUCGGCUGGUAACGAAUCUCCUAGUACACGUGUGGGCUAGUAUCUGAGUAUCUGAUAGUCAUGAGCAUUCUUGAGAUACCACAUAGGGUAGAUUUAGG